AUGGAUUCAUUAGUGGCGCAGUACAGCCGACCGGUGGACGCGGAGGAGGGCCCAUCGGAGCAGGACCAGCUGGAGCUAUACAGCGGCACCCCAGAACUGUCUCUCAAGUUUGCCCUGCCACCAGUAGCUCAGUCAGCAUCAUGGCUGCGCGCAAUGACGGACGACUACUCCAACCCCAACUGCCCCAUCAAGAUUGCCCACGGCACCACAACCCUUGCCUUCCGCUUCAAGGGCGGCAUCAUCGUAGCCACCGACUCGCGAGCCACUGCCGGAAACUGGAUAGCAAGUCAGACGGUCAAGAAGGUCAUUGAGAUCAACAACUGCUUGCUGGGAACCAUGGCUGGUGGCGCUGCUGUACAAGGCCCCGCUCUCUACUACAUCGACAGCGACGGCACCCGUCUCUCCGGCAACCUCUUCUGUGUCGGUUCAGGUCAGACUUUCGCCUACGGUGUGCUCGACGCAGAGUACAAGUACGAUCUUGAGGACGACGAUGCUCUCGAGCUCGGCCGAAGGAGUAUUCUUGCCGCCACCCAUCGUGACGCGUACUCUGGAGGUUUCAUCAACCUGUACCACGUCAAGGAGGACGGAUGGGUCAAGCACGGGUUUAGCGACACAAACCCCAUCUUCUGGGAGACUAAGCUCAAGAAGGGCGAGUUCUCCAACGUCACGAGCCAGUUGGAUUAG